CCGCGCUUCUGGGCGGCGCCAAGAUGGACGCUCCGCGGGCCCGGGAGCAGCUCCGGCGGCGGUACCUGUUCCCGCCGGACACCGAGGCCCCGCUGGACCGCGAGGGCUACGCCAGGCCGGAAGCCUCUACAGCUGUUGAGAAAAAGGAGAAACCUCUUCCAAGACUUAAUAUCCAUUCUGGAUUCUGGAUUUUGGCAUCCAUCGUUGUGACCUACUAUGUUGACUUCUUUAAAACCAUUAAAGAAAACUUUCACACUAGUAGUUGGUUUGUCGUGGGUGGUGCCCUGCUGCUUAUCAGUCUGUCGAUCGCAUGUUACUGCAUCCUCUACCUGGAGUGGUGUUGUGGAAUUGAAGAUUAUGAUGUCAAGUAUCCCACCUUGAUACCCGUUACAACUGCUACUUUCAUUGCGGCUGGAAUUUGCUUCAACGUUGCUUUGUGGCACGUGUGGUCCUUCCUCACACCGUUGCUGUUGUUCACGCAGUUCAUGGGGGUUGUGAUGCUCAUCUCACUCCUUGGAUGAUUUCUAAAGGUUUAGACCUUCAGGCUGCUGGAAGCAUCACAGACUCAAUGGAAACGCUACAGUGUGUCUUUCUAUCUAGGAAGUGAGUGGUUUCCUUGGAAAAAGUAAACUUUGCAGUAUGGUUGAAAUCAGAAUAAAUUCAAGUUCAUUUGCCUUUUCUUAAACUCAAGUAAUUGAAUCAAAUUCAAAUUCUGUUUAAAACAGAAGUAAUUAGUUUGCAUUGUUGAUCAGUUUGAAUCAGUUUGAAUUGUUGGAGCAAGCAGUAAUGUAAACAUUUUGGCUGAGUUUCGUUAUAGAUACAUGAUGUCCUCCCCAAAUUGCAGAUAAAAUGUUCACUCUUUGGUUGUAUACGAUCACUGGGUGUAUAUAAAGGAAUGAUCAUGUCCUGUGCCUUUAACCCAGCUUCAGCAAUUACUAUAGAUCUCAUUUUUAUAAUAGUUUUGUUAGGUGAGAGGACCAAUCGAAAGCAUUUUGUGUAUUCCUGUCACUUUAGAUUUUAUCACGUGUAAAUUAUUGGGUUUCUAGCAUUUGUUUAACAUAAGCACUUUUAAUCAUUUUUAAGUAUGUGUAAUUUUUUCCUUGACAUUUAAAUAAAGUAUUUUUAUAACUCU